AUGUUGCUGUUGUUUGAAACGCCGGCGGGUUUUGCCCUUUUCAAAGUAUUGGAUGAAGGCAAGCUCUCUAAAGUUGAGGACUUAUGGAAGGAAUUUUCCACGGCUGACUCGGCUCGACAGGUUGUCAAGCUAAAAGCUUUUUCCAAGUUUGAGAACACAUCAGAGGCUCUAUCAGCAGCUACCUUAUUGAUAGAAAGUAAGCCUAGCAAAGGUCUUCGCAAAUUCUUGCGCUCCCAUUGUGAAAGCGACAUUUUAGCUGUGGCUGAUUCAAAACUUGGGAAUGCAAUUAAGGAGAAGCUGCAAAUUGAAUGUGUUCACAACAAUGCUGUCAUGGAACUGAUGAGAGGGGUCAGAAGUCAUUUGACUGAACUCAUAUCUGGACUAGCUGCCCAAGAUUUGGCUCCAAUGAGUUUGGGUUUAUCUCACAGCCUUUCAAGAUACAAGUUAAAAUUCAGCCCAGAUAAGGUUGAUACAAUGAUCAUACAAGCCAUUAGCUUGUUGGAUGACCUUGACAAAGAGCUGAACACAUAUGCAAUGAGAGUAAGGGAAUGGUAUGGUUGGCAUUUUCCAGAACUUGCAAAUAUUGUACAAGACAAUAUCCUUUAUGCCAAGACGGUGAAGUUGAUGGGUAACCGUACAAAUGCUGCGAAACUUGAUUUCUCUGAGAUACUUCCAGAAGAGGUCGAGGCUGAACUAAAAGAGGCAGCCAUGAUUUCUAUGGGAACCGAAGUUAGUGACCUUGAUUUGGAAAAUAUCAAAGAUUUGUGCUACCAAGUUCUUUCACUGGCAGAAUAUAGAGCUCAACUGUUUGAUUAUUUAAAAAGCAGGAUGAACACCAUUGCUCCAAAUCUCACUGCUCUUGUUGGAGAACUUGUUGGUGCUCGCCUCAUCGCUCAUGGAGGCAGUUUGUUGAAUCUUGCUAAGCAACCUGGAAGUACAGUUCAGAUACUUGGUGCAGAAAAGGCUCUUUUUAGAGCUCUGAAAACAAAGCACGCAACUCCUAAAUAUGGUCUUAUAUACCAUGCAUCUUUAAUUGGUCAAGCAGCACCAAAACACAAGGGUAAAAUUUCUCGAUCUCUUGCUGCCAAAAAAAUUACAGCAAUUGGAGUCCUUCCUAGCUCUGUAAGAUCAGAAGAUAUAUCCAUUGCUGCAAGAGGAAUGAUUGAUAAUACUUAG